UGGAAUCUGAUAACAAAACGCAUUCUCAUGUCGGUCGGCAUCAGCGGUUUGCUGUUGUAAUAUUUGCAUGAGUUUUUGCAGUUACGAUUCUAUUGUGAAUUUGUAUCAAACUUUUUGAAAUUCAUGUGGAAAGCGGAAGAGUGAAGCAACAAUGGCACCCACAACACUGCUUCCGAAGCUUUCGGAUGCUACACAAACGAUAUCAUUCUCGGAUGGCGAUGGAGUGUGCAGUGCUGAAGUGUUUUCCACCAACGUCUUGGUGAAUACCAACGCCGGGAACCAUGACCAUGGUAGCUCCAAGGUGAAGCUCAAGAACCUGGUGGAUUACAACUGGGAGCCUAAGUUCUACUCCGGACAACUGCUGGCUAUUCAUACCAGCGGGAAAUAUUUAGCUUAUUGUAUUAAAGCUCCGAAUCCGGUGAACCCUGGAACAUGGAGCGGUAUGGUGCGCGUCGUGUACACGCCGGAGCCCGGCACCGACCGACGCGCACUCAUCAAGGGUAUGAAGGGAGAGGUGCAAGAUCUGGCAUUUGCCCAUAUCCAAAACCAGGUGGUACUGGCAUGUAUUGACGAACAGGGCAACUUUUAUGUCCACGAAAUUGAAGUUACUGACGGCGGGUUGCGAUGCACGUUACUAGCGGAGGUCCGCGAAGACACGGGUGCAGUGGGCACCUCGCACCGCGUAGUGUGGUGUCCCUACAUCCCUGACGAUGAAGACGAGGCGCCUGAUGACGACGUGGCUAGACUGCUGCUUACCACCCAUGAUAAUAUUGCGCGCAUGUGGAACACGCGGGGCCUGUCGGGCAGCGUGCUGGCGUCGGCGCGCGUGGGCGGCGCGGGCGCGCUGUGCGCCGCCGAGCACGUGGCCGCCAUCCUGGACGCCGCCUUCUCGCCCGAUGGAAGCGCGCUCGCCACCGCCUCCGCCGACGGAUACGUCAUGUUCUUCCAGGUUUACAUGCAUGCAGACAGCAGUCCACGCUGCCUCCACAAGUGGCAGCCCCACGGGGGGAAGCCACUCAGCUGUCUCUUCUUCUUGGACAACCACAAGAACUAUAACACUGACGUCCAAUUCUGGAAAUUCGCGGUAACUGGUGCAGAGAACAACACGACCAUCAAGAUCUGGUCAUGCAAGUCCUGGACCUGUCUGCAGACCAUCUCGUUCACCCCUGGUCUGGGUACGGAGGCCAGUCUCGGCCUGAAGGCCAUGUUGGACACGAGUGCCAGCUAUCUGCUUCUCUCAGACUUCAAGUCCCGUAGUCUUUAUGUGCUGCAUAUGGCCCGUGACCCUGAAGAUACCAUGGCCUACUGUAAGAGUAUCUCCGAGUUCCUCUUGCCAUACCCUGUACUGAGCUUCUGUAUUGUUGAUGCAGAGGAAGUGCAAACAAAGUGCGAGCCCAGCUGUGAGGAGACCAUGUAUCGCAAUGGAUCGAGCGGGGACGCGGACUCGCCGAUACAUUACGAGCUUCAUCAUGAUGAGGAGGGGUCGGGCGAGUGCAGCGCGGAGUGCGCGCGCGUGUCGGUGCGCCUGUACAUCGUGCAGCCCAAGGGCCUGCAGGAGGGACGCCUCGUCUACACUCCGCCGAGACCUCCUCUACAUGCUGAUCUCAUGCAUGGUUUGUCGGAGUUGGCUCUAGAGGACAGCUCCUCGGAGUCUGUGCCUGCGACUAUCGCGUCUAGCAUCUUGCAACAGCAGAGCCAACAACUUAAGAAUUUGCUCAUGAGGUCCCAGACUCAGCCCGGUAGCCUGAUCGGCACUCGUCCUGAGUCGCCGUCUAUGGCACCCCAGCUGAAUCUCAUGACGCCAGACGCUUUCAGUUCGCCAGGCAAGCGCGAGGAAGAUGACCCGCCACUGUCCGCUACGCCUGAUGUUAGCAAGCCGCGCAGCUCCACUGGAGGUCCGUGCGAGGAGUCGCUGGCCGAGACGGCCGGCAAGCUGGCGUCGGCCGGCUCCAGCCCCAGUAGGGAGGUGCAGCAGAUUAUGGCGCACAACGACCAUCCAUUCUUCAAGGAGGAGGAGGUAGAGGAGCCGGUGGAGGUGGAGGAAGGGCCGGCGGGGGCGACGGACGAGCUGUACGAGGCGGCGGCGCUGUACGCUGCCGACGAUGUCUUCCCCGAGCCGGCGCAGGCGCAGCCCGCCCCGCCACUGCCCGCGCUGCCCGCCCUGCCCGCGCUACCAGCGUUGCCCGCCCUGCCCGCCAAGCUCGUGCACACCAACAGCGACACAUGGCCGCAGAUAUCGGUGCCCCAGAUCUCGGAGGGCGGGCGCAAGGCGUCCAGCGACAAGUCGGGCAGCCAGUCGGCCAACGCGUCGCUCAACUUGUCGGCCGACCGCGGCGAGGAAGUCCGCUGUGCCGGCCUCUCUCCCGCUGACAAAUCACGGCUUGAAGCACUCGAACAUAAGCUUGAUAAACUUACUGAGAUGCUGAGCGUGCAGACCCGCGAGCUGCGGUCGCUGCGCGGCGCCGUGGUGUCCCCGCGGGACAUCAUCGACGAGGCGCUGCAUGCGCACACGCAGCGCACCACGCAGGCCGUCGAGAGCGCACUCGCUGACGGCUGGGAGCGCAUCGCUCGCGUGGGCGAGGCGGCGAGUGCCCGCGCGGCGCAGGCGGCGGGCGUGGGCGCGGCGCGGGCGCUGGAGCCGCUGGCCGCCGCGCUGCAGGCCGAGCUGGCCAGCAAGCUCACCGCCACCGACAUACUGCUCCGGGAGAACAUCGACAAGCUCGCCAACAGCAAGACUAUAAUGGAGCGUCUCAGCACCUCGAUCGCGAAGUCUCUGUCCGACAUGGUGCGGGAGUCGUUCCGCGAGGCUCUCUUCGACAGCGUCAUUCCCGUCAUGGAGAAGACACACGCUCAGAUCUUCAAGCAAAUCAACCAAGCCUUCCAAAAUGGCACUAAAGAAUUUGCGGCGAACACGGAGGCGGGGCGCGCGGCGGCGGAGCGCGGCGGCGCGGCGGCGGCGGCGGGGCUGCGCGCCGCGCUGGACCGACACGCUGAGGCACUCAACAACGCCACCGCCAACAACCAGCAUCUGCACAUCGCAGACAUCAUACGGGACGCCACGCACAGCGUACUGGAGAAAGAGCUAUGCUGGUGGAGGGAACAGGCCCGUGGCGUAGCCCUAGCCUCGCGGGCGCAUUCCCCAUCCACGCCGCAUUCACAUCAUGCACACGAUCGUCAGAUGCAAGUAGCACAAAUCCAGUCCCUGAUCGCUAGUGGGGACGUCAACGGUGCCUUCCAACAGGCUCUAUCAGCUUCAGACCUCGCUCUGGUAGUGAUGGCAUGUCGCGCGGCCGAACCUGCGCAAGUGUUUGGGCCCCCGUGCAAGCUGAAACAGCACGUACUACUGUCGCUCGUACAGCAACUCGCUGCCGAUAUGGCGCGGGAUACGCCGUUGAAACACAGAUACCUAGAAGAAGCAGUAAUGAACUUGGACACAUCGAACCCCGUGACUCGGGAACAUUUGCCAGCGGUGGUACGGGAGCUGCAGAAGCAGUUGAUGUCGUUCCUGGCGGCGGCGCCCAACCACGGCCUGGCGCGCCAGCUGCGCAUGCUGCUCAUGGCCACCGAGGCCCUGGUCAAGGCCCACGCCUGACCGCUCCAAGCGCACUGCCGCAGGCCGGCGAAACGGUAGGCACCGCCUCCACGAUCUACUGGGACUGUUAGAAAACUAUAAUGCACUGUGAAAUACGUGAAAUGAUUACUUACAACUUACAGGUUUUAGAACACCAUAAUUUUGGAAUUUUAAUAUAGUUUCCAAAAUUAUGGUUUUUAGGUGUUCUAAAAUAUACGAUCUUAAAAAAAGUCUUAAACACCACACAAUUAAGGUGGUAAUACGAUGAUAAACUGUUCUGAUACUUUCUAAAGGCAGUAUUAUAGUAUAGAGCGAUACUCAAGUCGACAUCUCUUCUCAAAUCGAGGUUAAAAAGUAAAAACUUGUGAGUGAAUAGGUUGCUCAAAGGUAGGCGUGCUCCAUCAUCGCUUACCACCAGGCGAGAAACCCAACGCUAUCAUAUUAGAUAUUAUGUGAAAAAGGGAUGCAAAUACAUUCAAGAUAUAUGUGCAUCCCUUUCUAGCUAAGGUUUGAGUAUCGUUCUAUAAUACGAGCCUUGAAGUCAGUCUCAAAAAUAUGAUCGUUUCUAUAAAUGAUUCUGUAAAUAAUUGUCUACCGAUAAGUUACAUUUCACUGUGCAUUACUAUAUUAGGUUUUCUCUUCUAAGCGAGUUUUAAGUGAUUCUUUCCAAUGAUAAUGUUGAUUCUAAAUGUUUACGACUAAAAUGAUGUUAAUACAGCAUUUUGUCAAGUUUUGAUUGUACUGAUUAUUUGUACUUCGCUAAUGUUUGAAGAUUACUUGAAACUUGUAUUUUAUUUAGCCUCACUUGUAUGUGAUACACAAUGUAAUAGGGACAUUAUAUCGGAAGUAAAUUAUUUUUAAAUAAACAUUGCCCAAUUACACCAACAAAAAUAUUUCCAUAAUUUUGAAGCUAGAUUUUUACUUUUUAAACACAUAGAUUCUGUAAGUCGUCAAAAUAAAUUGCCCCACACAAAAUAGUAAUUAUAUGACACAUCAAAUUAUAUACCUAUUACAUUGUGUAUUCAAAACAAAUAAAAUAUCGGCUCACUUAGUGACUUUACCAGAAAGCAUACAACUUUUUGGAAAACAACCCAAAUCAAUUAUAUCUUGAUUAAAAUAGUCAUAAAACAAAGAUCAGAAUAGUCACUAACUUUGUGCCCGAAAUAAGUGGAGGUUUUUAUAAACGUUAUGAAAUCAACCAGUAGAUCGAUGGCGUCGGCCCAUAGACAGCUACAUUGUGAUAUUAAGAACUAUGUGUUUGAAAGUUCCACAGGGAAUACUCGGGUUCCCUAAGCUUUUUUUUUAUAUUUGACUAUUUUGUAAAACGUGAUUUUUUAUGUUCGGGAGCGUAAUCUCCGGCUGAUGAUACAUGUUUGUGAUUGAAGAUGAUGCUGAGAAUUCUGUUCUUAGACGUAAGUUAGUUUAGCUAGGUGGUUUCUGUGUAAAAUGGUGAUUCAAAUUGAGAUUAUGAUGUAUGUGACUAUGUAUUCAGUGUAUAUUGGCCUGAUAUGGCAUGAAAACAUAACUGGUGGGAAGUGGGUGUUACAUUAGCACCACCUUUUUAUUAUGUGUUGUAUUAAAACCUGCACAAUUUCAUGUUACACUGAGUUCAAUUACCUAUGCAAUCAUUUGUAUAUGGUGCGAUAAUCACAAGCUUUAACAUAGUCACCCAUAUGUUUAUGACUUAGCCCAUGAUCUCCUAUACCACCCUUCACAAUAAAUUAUCCAUUUUACACAAGACCAAUAACAUUAAAAUGCCAAUCAUACUUACAAUUUAGUGUAUAACUGGUAUAAAGCUAUAAUGUAGAAAGUCGCGCUAUUCAAAGAGCUGUAUAAAUCAAAGACUGCUAUCAUUUCAUAUAAGUCGUAGAAGCUCUUAUAGGGUUUGUUUCACCACCUCUAUUCAUUAGAAACCUGUGGAGAUACAUUUGGAAAGGGGUUUUCUAUGAUGGCUAGAUUCAUCUGAGGGCGUAGUACGAGUUUGUUUGACGUUUAAAGAGAAACGAGACCGCGUUCGAAGCUCUGAUGCCUGAAGCCGAUCACGGCUUCAAUGAACCAACCAAUCAGAGCGACCGAACGCGGUCUCGUUUCACUUUAGACGUAAAACAAACUUGUACUACACCGUCUGGUAUCUAGUUGUUGGUGGUGAAAAGCCAGUGCGGUGCUAGUCCCAUUUUUAUUGACUUGACUGAAUAUAAGAAGAAAACAAUAGAAUAGUAACUUAGGUACUUUCACACACGGAUGAAGAGGAAAGUCCUUUACAAAUUAGACAUUGAUUUAUUAGUAUCAGUGCUAAAUAUUCUGUGCCACCUUGUAAAUAGUGUUUAGUAAUCCUUAUACGUACUUAUACGAUAUGCUCGUUCUCUUACAAAACCUCUGAAGUGUUCCCUUUUCUGUACAAAAGGCCAGUGACGCAUCUGUAAGGCGUUGCGGGUGUCAAUCGCUUACCAUCAGGCAAUUGUUCUGCUCGUUUACCCCUGUCCCAUAAAGCCCUUAUCAUACUGAUUGCUGAUGAUAGCCAAAAAUCAAUUUACAACUGAGUGGAGUAUAUCGAAUAAGCCUGAUUUCAAUCAAAAGUCAAGAAAAGGUGUCAACAAACUGCAAAAUUACAUAUAUUAAUAAUAGUUGUAUCAGAUAACACUAUUCAAACUAAAUACAUAAACUUAAUACAUCGCCAAAUAUAACUAUUCUAAUCAACAUGAAUUCCUUUUGUUUACGCCUUCUUUUUGACUAAUAAUUUGGUAAGAUUUCAUCUUUUUCACUGUAUUUCCCAUAGAACUGAAGAUGAUUUGUCUAAAUUAGUAUUUGUCGAUAAAUGACCUUACCAAGGUCUACACAUAAGAAUAAUCCACUAUAUCGUUACUAUAGAACGCUUUAUAAAAACUUAGUAUAUGAUAUAUCAAAUACAAUUAUUAUAAAAACAUAUUUGGAAAGAAAAAGUAUUGAACAUGUGCUGUGCAUGUUAUAAAUUUUAGUUUUGCAGAUUAUAUUUUAAUAACGAGUUAAUAAUGAGAGAUAUUAAUAAAAAGUAAAGAGAAUUAGAUUAAAAUUUAACGUAACGCUCUUAGCUAGAUUUAGAGAGAAAAUUAAAUUAACUUUUUUAUAAAAUAAACUUAAAAACACGUUUAUACCUCCCGCGUGUUUGGCUCGGCAAGCGAGUAAGCGGUGGGAUGACAAUUAUUGUGAUACUCCUAGUUUAUGCUGUUUGUAAUUUUAAAGCCAAGCUACUUCAGUCAAACAUGAUGGUCUUCAUAAAAAAUCAACAUAAAGUAAAUUAUGUCCCAUAAAACCUAAGUUGUGGUCUGUAAAAGGCAUUGAGAUUACAACUGUCAAAUUGACGUGAACUCGUAAACGUCAAAAUUCCCGCCAUUUCCCAAUAUUUAUAAUCUGUAAAACUAAAUGAUUGGAAAACAAUAACACGAAAAUAGUGAGUAAUGAGUAUUUAAUGAUUGUCAUGUAAGACUGUCGCAAUUUAACGUUGAUUGCCUAUGAUUACUCAGUAAUAUAAUUAUUAUAUACGUGUACAAAAUACGGAAACCUCAUUGUAUAGAUUAAUUAAGUAGUUAGCACUUAGGCUAUGAAUAAGUACUGAGUUAGCCGGUAGACAUUUGGUUUCAUACGUACGACAAAUGGGGAAUAAGCAAGAAAAUAAUCUCUGAAACAUUAUUAAAAUGACGAAUGACUUAAAAAAAACAUGUUAUUUACUCGAGACAUCUCAUUCAUAAUUAUGAUAAUGGGUGACCCCUGGCACUAACUGGGACCCCUGAAAAUCGUUGAUAAGUUGAGAUGUAUUACAGUCGAGGCUGUAAAUCGUCUGCCUCUCUUGUGCCAUUUGGUCCACUAAAUUCCAUGCUUCCAGAUCAUUUCGUGUGUUGCCCUAGUCCCAAUUCUCAACCACUCCCCUCUCCUCUGCAUCCCCCAUCCCUAAUCCCUAAAUCCCCAAUUUCCCGACCCCCAUACUUCAUUUAGAGGACCAUAAAAAAGCAAAGUUAUAGAAACCUAUGCAUAUUUUCAUCCCCUAUCGCUAAUUAAAGGCACUACAUGAAACCUUAUGUCAAUAAUCUUGCUAUAGAUUUGGAUUAUUUGGCAUUGAAACUUCUAAUUAAGAGUUUCAAUAGCCCGGGAAUAAAUAGCCGACAAAUUCGGUGAUAUCUCCUACGAAUGGUACUGGACUGUAAGAUACUAAGAUAUUAAACUUAAACAUAUGCUAGUCUAGUUUUAUAUGAGUGAAAUGAAAGGUAUAUGAAGAUUUUUCUAUUUGACUGUCAUUUUGUAUGUAUGUUUGUGAGCCAUACAUGUUCUUGCGUCUAAAUCUAUAGCAUCCCGGCUACCAAAGCAGCCUUACCGCUUAUUGUUAAAACUAUUUAAUUUCCGUAGUGUACGGUGGACUUGUGUAUGUAUGGACUCGUCACAUUCCCGACUAUUCAAGCGACACUCAAUAAUUAAAAGCUAAUAAAUGAACCUGAGUAUCAUUUGAGUAUUUGGGAGUUUAUUUCUCAUGAAAUGUUGAACGUUUUAUGAGAAGUUGCGCGUUUUUACAUCUUUAUAAUGUUUGUCAUUAUGUAAUUUGUGUAUAUUACUUAUUGGCUUAGCAGCUAUUUUUGCUGAAAUAUGUUCAGACUCCUCGCUAUAUAGAGGGAUAUCGCAUAGAUGACUAAUUCGUGUGUAAAUAUUUAGUUGAUAGUUUCUAUACUUUUCUAUACUUGAUUAUUGUGAUUGCCAGACACAUGUCACUUGAUUGCGAUUAGCUAUAAUUAUUGUAUCUUUCUAAAUAACUUAGGGUGUUAAGACUCCUCAACCUAAUUCGGUUAAUUGACAUGAUUAUAAACUUAUAUUAUGUUUGACUGCUUAUUUCACAGACUUCUUGAUUUCAAUUUAUAUGACUUAUACUCUUGACUAUAUUAUUGGUGUUUAUGUAUUGGAAAUUCGUAAAUACGCGAGUGAUGAGUCCCGCGUUGUUUUUUUUAUAUGAUUAUUUUUGUCGGCGCUUUAUGUACCCCUGACAUUGAUAGUAUUACUCUAAGAAAUACGUUAUAUCAAUAAAUGUGUAUUUGAUUUGUAUUAA